UUCUCUUUACAUUUCACAGUUCACCCUGGACCAGCGCACUGGACCUGUGGGAGCUGAGGGGAUUACUCGGGACAUCCACUCAUGACCACGACCCCACGACCCCAAAGCGUCCCACGCGAGGAACGGCACGGAUGAUGCAUUUUGCGCUGCGGCUUUUCAGCGAGAGAAGAGACGCGCAACAGAUGAGAUGGGCAAUGUUCCUGGACUUUCACCUAGCCGGUCGCCGUGGGGAAAGUGUGGUCACGGCACCGCGCUGGCUGUACCUGUAGUGGUGGCGGUUCUCAUUCAGCUUUGCGCCGCUUUUAACUUGGACGCGGAGAAGCGCGUCGUUUUCAGCGGACCGCGGGGGAGUUACUUCGGUUAUUCAGUGGAAUUCUUCUCCAACUCAUCCAGUAUCGGUAUCUUGAUCGGCGCUCCGAAGGCCAACACCAGCCAGCCCGAUGUCACGGAAGGAGGAGCUGUGUUCUUGUGCCCCUGGAGCCAAAGCAACUGCAGUAUUAUCAACUUUGACAAGCAAGGUGACCGGCAUUUUUAUAUAAACAACGUGAACACUCAAGUUGAGUUCAAGUCCCAUCAGUGGUUCGGAGCUACUGUGCGUUCCCAUGGCAACAGCAUUCUGGCUUGUGCUCCCCGGUAUUACUGGAGGACAGAACACGACACGCCCUUCGCCGACGUGACGGGAACCUGCUACCUCUCCGUGGACAGCCUCAAAACGUUUGUGGAGUACGCCCCGUGCCGGACAGAAAGACAUGGACCUGCUGGACAGGGCUAUUGUCAGGGGGGAUUCAGUGCUGACUUCACCAAGGAUGGAAGGGUUGUACUUGGAGGACCAGGCAGCUUUUACUGGCAAGGUCAGCUGAUCUCAGCCACCACAGAGGAGAUUGUCAAGGCUUACUAUCCUACCUACUUCCUGUUGUCUGUCGCUGGGCAGAUUCAGACCAGGCAGGUGCAAGGGAGCUAUGAUGACAGUUACCUGGGUUACUCUGUGGCUGUGGGUGAGUUCAGUGGGGAUGAUGAGGAAGAUUUCAUCACAGGAGUUCCAAAGGGAGUCAUGCUGUAUGGUUUGGUUUCCAUAUUAAGUGGAAGGGAUCUGAAGACUGUACGGAACUUGACAGGGGAGCAGAUGGGGUCCUACUUCGGCUACGCAGUGGCAGUCUCCGACAUCAACAACGACGGUCUCGACGACCUGGUGGUGGGAGCUCCGAUGUUCAUGCGGCGAGGGUCUAACGGGCGCCUGGAGGAGCUGGGUAAGGUGUACGUGUACCUCCAGAAGGGCCCCCUGACCCUCGAACCAAGCCAGACUCACCUCCUGGGGACGCAGGCGUUCAGUCGGUUCGGCACCUCGCUGGCUCCGCUGGGUGAUCUCAACCUGGACGGGUUCAAUGACAUGGCUAUCGGGUGUCCCUACGGAGGAGACGACCAGCAGGGGUUGGUCUUCAUCUAUAACGGUCAUCCCGGAGGCCUGAGGGAUUCACCCACUCAGACUCUGUCUGGACAGUGGGCGUCCAGCUCUUUCCCAAACAGCUUUGGCUUCGCUCUGCGAGGCGACAGAGACCUGGAUCAAAACGGGUACCCAGAUCUGAUCGUUGGUGCUUUUGGGAUAGACAAAGCCGUGCUAUACAGGGCACGGCCAAUAGUGAAUGUCAGCACAUCUCUCAUGGUGCAGCCCACCAUGUUCAACCAGGAGGAGAGGACCUGUUUGCUGGUCACAAAGAAUCAAACCCUGUCUGUGCCUUGUGUCAACAUCAGCUUCUGCCUGCUGGCCAAUGGGAAGCACCUCCCCUCUCAUCUAGGCUUUGUGGUGGAGGUGCAGUUGGACAGUGUGAAGCAGGACCAGAAGGAGUCCAUCAGGAGGACUCUGUUCCUGGACAGCCAGCAGCCCAGUCUGGUGAAGACUUUCCGCCUCGCUAACGGAGAAUCCUUCUGCUACGACAGCCAGAUCUAUCUGCGGGCUGAGGGGGAGUUUCGGGAUAAACUGUCUCCCAUUUACAUCAGAGUUAACUUCAGUCUGGAUCCUCAAGCCCCGGUGGACCGGCAUGGCCUCAGUCCCAUCCUGAAUUAUGAGACACAGCAGCUCAUAGAGAAGAAGGCCCAGAUACAGCUCGAUUGCGGCGAGGACAACAUCUGCGUCCCUAACCUUCAGCUGGCUGUUUACGGUGACAGAAAAGAAGUUUACCUGGGCGAUGAAAACACCUUGAGCCUGACUUUCCACGCGGAGAACGUUGGAGAAGGAGGAGCGUACGAGGCCGAGCUCUACGUGACGCUUCCUCCAGAGGCCGACUACAGCGGGAUAGCGCGCAACCACAUGAACUUGACCCAGUUGACGUGCAGCUACGAGGCAGAAAACCAGACCCGCUAUCUCGUGUGCGAUCUGGGAAACCCCAUGAAGUCUGGUACCAGUUUGUGGGCCGGCCUUCGAUUCACUGUACCCAGACUAAAAGAUACUCACAACACCAUCCAGUUUGAGCUCCAGAUACGAAGUAAAAAUGCGAAUAACUCUGAGAGUGAGGUGGUGCUGUAUGAGCUGGAGGUGGCUGCCAUGGCUGAUGUCAUUCUCCAGGGAGUCUCUCGCCCGGACAAAGUCUUCUUCCCUCCUCCCAACUGGACGACUCGUCAGAGUCUGAGGGAGGAGCAGGACGUCGGCCCCGAGAUUCAGCUCGUCUAUGAGUUGGUGAAUAACGGUCCCAGCGUUGUGAGCCAGUCGACGUUAGAGGUGCAGUGUCCUCUGAAGGCUCGCGGGCACAAGCUGCUGUACCCGGUGGAGGUGGUCGGCGAGGGGCCGGUCAGCUGCUCCUCCAAAGUCACCUUCAACGCACUGAAACUCAAACUUCAGCCUCCAGCAGCGGAGGGUCCCGCGUCGCAGACGUCCAGCGGCGAACACCGCAUCCGAAAGAGGGAGGCGUCCAGAGAACCUCUGGCUGAACAUGGAAACCUGACGUGCGGCGCUGCAGUCGAGUGCUGGACGCUCCAGUGCGACGUGGGGCUGCUGCAGAGAGGAGCCAACGUCAUCCUGACGGUUCGCUCCAGAGUCUGGGCUGAAACUUUCAUCGAGCGAGCCUUUAAGCAGUACGUCUUGGAGUGCUCUCUUCAGUUUGAGGUGAACAGGAUGCCGUAUUCUAUUCCUCCAAAAUUCAAGCCAUCGGGAUCCAAAAAGGUGGUGACAGCUGUGAUGUGGAACAAGCCGGACAGUCAGUUUUCGGUUCCUGUGUGGAUCAUAAUCCUGGCUGUUCUAGUCGGGCUGCUGUUACUGGCCCUGCUCAUAUAUCUACUGUACAAGAUGGGCUUCUUUAAGAGGUCGGAUCCAUACGGUACGACCAUGGAGAAAGCCCAGCUCAAACCACAGGCGUCUUCUGAAGCUUAAGGUUCACGGUUGGAUCGUCCUCCUCCUGCAGCUGUUCCCAAAAAAAAACAAAAAAAAAAAACUGGAAGUAUUGUCACGUUCCAAACGAAUAUCAGAACCUGCUGAUGACGAGAAGCAGGCAGCCUGUUUGUAAAGAGACGAUUGUGGUGGUGGGGGGGGGGGCCUGUGUCACUGGAAUAUGCAGCAUCUUGUGCUGCACUAAGACGCCAAAGCAGAACAGACCACAGGGAUCAUGCAGUUGAAUAUGCACUGCUGUUUUUUGGACAUUGUGUGUACAAUCAGAACUUUCUUAGACGCGCAUCCCUCUGGAAAAUACUCCUCCUCCUCUUCCUGCAGUGCUCAUGUAUUAACCCGGAAAAAAACGAAUCCACCCCCCUCCUCCUGCAACAGAAGCCACUAAAGCUUGAGCAUCUCUUCGUCUGGAUGAAGCGCUACUUUAGGUCAUGUUUGAAAUCCCCAGUGUUUGAUAUUUCUGGAAGUUCCUGCUUUUGUAUGAUCUAUUCACCACUUGUUAUUUAUGGCGCAGCGUUUUCCUUUUUUGUUGAAUGUUGUACUGUACUGUCUGCAGGAAAAAGACCUGAUAAAAACUGCAAUGUUUAACUUGAAUUCUUCCUCUCCCAUAUUGGGAGGCACUUUGUGUAAUGGUGUAAUGUAUUCGUUGUGGUAUGAACUAUUCGUGUUGUGGCCCAAAAAUAAAGCCUAAUUUUGUAUAUCCAACAAAAAAUUA